AAAAGAUAAAUGUCAUUGCUGAUCACUGAGGCAUGCCACAUCAGCAGCUUACAAUGAUCCCGAGAGAGAGACUUUUUUGACCAACCUAAGCAAAUCAAAACUAACAAAAGUGUACAUACUUAAACAUAAGGGACCAUUUUUGUCAUUUUCUCAAACUUCUUAAUAUAACUAGCAUUUUACAAUAUCAUCAAAUUUAUGGCGAGUAUGGCGAUAAGCCUACCAUGGCAACCCUUAAAACCCUAUAAUAAAACCCAAAAAUUCUUCCAUUUUUGCCCCUCACAAAGUCGUAAAAUUACUUACACACAAGCUUUCCGCCGUAGCGAUUUUGAUGUAUUCGCAAGGCGAGUUAAAUCUGGAGAAGUAUGGAAGGAUGCAUGGAAGAAUGCGAACGAUGGGUUCGAACAGUUUGUAUAUGAAGCGAGGAAGAGUGCGGAGCGAAUUGAUAGGAGAUAUGAGGUUAAAAGGAGAGUGAUUGAGGUUGUAGAGUCUGCUGGUGAUCGUAGUAGGGAAAUUGAUCGUGAAUUUGAGAUUACGAAGAAGUGGAGGAAUUUUGAACUCGAUUUCAGAUCCAAUUUACCUAGGUAUAGGAAGCAGUUGAAUGAUGUUAUGGAUACUCCGCUGGGAAGAAGUGCUGCUACGAUAUUCUUCCUGUGGUUUGCUCUUUCGGGGUGGCUGUUUCGAAUUCUGAUAAUUGCAACAUGGGUUCUACCAUUUGCGGGACCUCUUCUUAUUGGAGUUGUUGCCAACAAUCUAGUGAUCAAGGGUCAGUGUCCAGCGUGUAGGAGACAAUUCAUCGGAAACAAGAAUUCAACAGUUCGUUGUGCUAAUUGUGGAAAUAUUGUCUGGCAACCAAAAGACGACUUCUUUUCUAGAGGCAGUCGAGGUACCACUUCUUCAAAAUCCGAACCAGAUAUCAUCGAUGUUGAAUUUGAAGAAAAAUAGAGAUAUACGAAAGCGUAGAACUUUGUUUAAACUAAAACCUGAAGGCUGUUCUCAUCCGUAUCGCGGGAGAUGCUAACCAUAUAAGUCCUUUCUAUGAACUCAAAAAUAGUAGAUUGUUGUAUAAUGCUAUAAUUUUUGUUGUAUUGUUAUUCCUUUGCUCUUUAGUGAUUUACAAGUUUGCUGGUUAAUAUGAUGAAACUUAAUUUUA